AUUAUUAAACAACUGACAUUGACAAAAUGUCAAAAAAUAUUUUACUAAAAUUAUGUAAAAACACUUCAAUUAUAUAAAAUUCAAGAAAAAUAUUGUUACUUGGACCCGGCUAUAAAUAGGAGAAGUAGAAUGUGCGUUUAGAAGAUCGUAUGGAUAUCUUUUGAGGCGCAAGAAUAUGUGAACAGCUGAUUUUGGUUAAUAAAUUUGAAGUGGAGUUACUGUGAUUUACGUUUUUUUUCUGGAUAUGUAGAAGACCUGUCGUCAGUUCAGUGUUAAAAUUUUUGUUCAUCACUGUACGUACUUGACUUUCAGGAAGAUGCCGUCACUAUUAGAAGCGCUAGAGCGCAAAUAUGGUGCGAAGGGUGAAGUGAACCCUCCAAUAGAUGACAUGCCUGUUGCCAUAUUUGUCCCUAAGAGGUCUCCGAGACUCAGUGUGCCAACAUUACUAGUCUUGAAUGACUGUGAUAUAGACUGCGCGGGAGACCCCUGCGUACUGGCCGACAAGUGCGCUGAUGUCGUGGAACUUGACAUUGCCAACAACAAACUCACAGAAUGGCAGGAGGUAUUCGCGGUGCUGGAGCAGACGCCACGAGUGCGCUUCCUCAACCUGAGCUUCAAUCGCUUGUCCGCCCAAAUCCAGGCAGCACAGGCACUUCGCCCCCGAUGGGACAGUCUGAGCCAUCUCGUCUUAAAUUCUACCUUCGUUGGCUGGCCCAGCGUCCACUCCUUAAUCAAGGCUCUCCCAGCUCUCGAAGAGUUGCAUUUGAGCCUCAAUGAGUACUCAUACGUGGACCUAAGUGGAAAUGAUGUCAAUGAAAAAGACCGAUGUGAAGAAUGCUCUCGCUUAAAAAUUGAUUUCACUGAACCUAUACAUGACCAACUCAAAAAACUUCACUUUUCUGGCAACCCCGUCAACAGUUGGAGAGAAGUAUGCAAACUAGGCUAUUGUUUCCCCAAUCUUGAAACGCUUUUGGUCAACGACUGUCCUAUAACAACACUAGAGCCAGAUCCGUGUGAGAAAUGUGAGGAUGGCAACGGAAAUAAGAACAGCCAUGAUGCUUUCCCCCGUCUCCGAUUUUUAAACCUGAAUAACACCGGAUUGGCCACGUGGGACGAGGUGGACCGGUUGGCGCGGUUUCCAGCAUUGAAAAGUUUACGAGUUCAGGGCUGGCCGCUAUGGGAGCGGUUCGAGUCGACGGAGCACGAACGAAGGCUGUUGCUGGUGGCGCGGCUGCCGCACGUGCGGACGCUGAACGGGGGCGGCGCCGUGCCCGCCGAGGAGCGGGAGGCGGCCGAGCGGGCCUUCAUCAGAUAUUAUAUGGAGAAGCCUGAGUCCGACCGCCCUGAUAGGUAUUGGGAGUUGGUCGGCGUGCACGGCAAGCUGGACCCGCUGGUGUCGGUAGACUUGCGGCCGGAGAAGCGCGUGCAGAUCACGUUCACGUGCGGCGACAACAGCGAGGUGCGCACCGUCGACGUUUACAGAACUGUGUCGGAUUUGAAGUCGCGGCUAGAACGCAUGGCCGGCUUCCCCGCGUCCAAGAUGAGACUGUUCUACGUGGACCAGGAGCUCCGGGACACGCAGGGCCCAGAAGAGAUGAAAUUCCCAACGAAACAGCUCUACUCGUACAACAUAAGAUCGGGCGACGAAAUCAUCAUACAAUCAAAGCUGAUACACACCGUACUGCCGCAAAUCAACUCUACUGCAUAAGUCGCCAAUGGCGACUCAUAAAGUCAGAAGGAUACCUACUUAAAGAAAAAAGCCUACCUACUUACAAAUUUUCACGCAAUUCAUUUCGUCAUCAUCGCGGAGUUCAUUUCAUCAAAUUGACUCCAAUUUUUUCAUACUCAGCUAAUCCACAAACGAAAAAAUUAAUGUUAAAUUUAACUUUUGCUAUGGACGCAGAAACUCUUACUCGAGGAACGCGGCGCCAUCUUGUGGUUUUCCACAAACGAAAAUCGAGCUACAUGUGCGUGUCUUUAGAGUAAACACAUCUUAAAAACAUUGAUGAAAUGAACUACAAUUGCAUGAGAUUUCCAGGUUAAACUUUAUUCGAGAGUAGCGAUUCCCUCUGGUAUCCUUAUAGAUUAUCAGGUGCAGUCAUUUUCUGAAUAAAUAGGCUGUGGUUUACUUAGUAAUAAGUAAGUACUUAUUACAACCAUGCGUUGUAAGAUACCACAUUAGUUUAACCUUUGUGGUAAAUUUGAUCUAAUCCUACGUUUACAUGUUCACCAAACGUUGACAAGUGAGUCCAAGAAUAGUAAGACAACGGUUUUUUGACGAACAUUAUUUUUAAUUGCAAAAAUUGCAAAUGAAUGGUCGUGAUGAUUGACAAACACCUAGUGUUGCCAGCCAAGUGAACGCAACACCUCCUUUAUUUUCUAUUCUUUUUGGCCGCACUGUACGCUAUCUCUAAUUCAUUUUGGAAACCAUGUAAACUAGGCCUUUGAGUAACCGAUACAAGUGCAACUAACGUCAGAGGGGCACUAUUGCAACACUUUUGCCAUUUAUUUGUCAUAUUAUAGUGAGUUUCAUAAUAUAUCUGUUGUAUGUUUUCAUACUAACGUAAAUGUUUUAGCAAGAUUCGACUUUUAGUUUAUUUUAAGAAAUCAUAUUUUUGUUUACCUGAUGUGACUUUAUUUUUUUCACAGUCACAAUUUAAUAAUAGAAAUAUUGUAAUAGUUAUAAAGGUUGUCACAAAGGAUUUUAGUUUUUAAGUUUUGCUACAAGCUGUAAGCUUGGAAAGUAUCAGAACUUUGUACAGUAAUUUAGCACAAGGGAGAUUGGAAAGACCUAAAUUAUACUUAAUUAAAAUCGAAUGACUUAAAUGCUUAUGAAUUUGGCGCUGUUUCUGCAUACAAGUGAUACAAAUUACUAUAUUUUUUAUUUGCAAUAAGAUACUGUGAUAAUAAAUUAUGGCUAAAUCCGAAAUCGAAUUACUUAUAUCAUGUAAAACUUAUAUAUAUUUUUUACAUUCUACCCUCAUUAUGGGGUGUCCUGGAUAAAAUAUUUCAAUUUGAUUGCUAGAUGUUGUAAUUUCGUAAAGUGCUUAAUAACAAAUCGUCGAGUGAUACUAACUGCCAUUUUGCAAAUUAUAUACCCAUGUGUCUUCAAGUUACUUAUAAACAAUAUACGAUAGUUAGGUAUAGGUAGGCCACAGCAAGACGGUAAAUAUGUUAUGACCACUGUGAUCCCAGAUAUUGCCAAAUUAAGGGUUACAGAAAAGGUCGAGUGUUAGCAAUGUGCAGCAGUGAUAUGAAAGAGUAUGCAAUAAUAUUGUUUGACACAAAAUUUUAACUAUGUAUGUAAAACAUGUUUUAUUUUUAGCCCUAGAUGAUAGUACCUCUAUCAAAAUGAAAUAAAUUAAUUGUAUGAAAAAAA